CGCGAAUUUCGGGAUCACUGACAGUGGGUGCGGGAUAUUUUGCGGUACGGACCCAGGAACCAAGUGUGCGGGGCGAGAGUGGCGUCAGUGGUCCCGUCAUGCUCCGGGCGAGCGCGGCCACUUCCUGUGCGCACAGCGGGCUGGGUAUGAGCAGCUCUGGGCGCUAAACCUACGGCUGAUCCCUGCGAGUGGAACCUUCCUGAGUGAAAAUGCAGGAGGCAUCUGAGGAUGGGGAGGAGAAGGUGACGGCUGGCAUGGAGUCUUUGGCUGUAAAGGAAGGAGGAGAAGGGGAAGAGGAGGAGGAGGAAGAGGUGGAAGAACAGCAGAAAGUGGAAGAGGGAGAAGCAGAAGAACAGCAGGAAGAACAUGGAGAAGAGGAAGAGGAGGGGGAAGCAGAGGAAGGGGAGGACUGGUGCAUAGCGUGCAGUGAUGAGGAGGUCGAGGAACCUGAGGGGUGGAUCCCACCUCCGGAAGACAUUAAAAAACUGUAUGAGUUGUUGGCCAGCGAGGGAACGCUGCCUCUGCAAGUGGACAUACUGCUUCGCCGGCCCCCCACCCCUGAACCCGACCCUCUGGAUAACGAAUCCGAUCAGGAGGCAGAGGAGGAGGAAGAAGAGCAGGAGACGCCCAACAUUCCCACUGAGUUUGAUUUUGACGAUGAACCAGUGACCCCUAAAAAUUCUCUGAUUGACCGUCGGAGAACGCCAGGGAGCACCGGGCGCAGCCAGAAGAGAGAGGCCCGACUGGACAAGGUUCUGUCCGACAUGAAGCGGCACAAGAAGAUUGAAGAACAAAUCCUGAAAACUGGGCGCGACCUGUUUGACAUGGACCCCGACUCUGUUCCAACCCCAAAACGCUCCUCUGCCAUCUUCCCUCGUCAGCGGAAAUACUGAGCGGGGGUGGGGGGUGUUUAAUGGCGCCAGUGUAGUCGCGCUGCCAUAUUUACUGUCCGACCCGCCUGAGAGGCACCGAGUGGAUACGGAUGUGCCAAGUGACUGUUCCCUUCCCAUGGGGCUGCUCUGUGUGUUUAUUGUUCCCUUACUUACAUUUAUUUUAUUAUAAAAGACUGCAAAUA